AUACACCUAGAGUUUAUAAUUGAUUUGAGUUUCUCCCUCAAGCAAUCGUACGACCAUAACAAAGUCUCUGCUGUACUAGAGAUUCCUUAAAACGAAUGGUCCUCCUUCAACUUCAAUCAAUUUCAUUUUCAUUUCAUUUUUCACUCCCUUUCUAGGGUUUCUUUCCAUCCCCAAUUUCAACUCCUACACUUCACUCCACCAUUUCUAGGGUUUCUCAAAGGAAGAACUGAAGUUAAUACAUUUAUCAGAUUUAAACCCGAAAUAAUCGAAUAUAGUACCAGAGCGGGCUACUGUAGGUUGAGUUGGUGGUCAUGGAGGACGGAGAACUUGAUUUCUCAAACACCGAGAUGUUUACGGAUCCAAAUAUGGGUGAUAUCCCGAGCAAUGAUUCACUCGAUAGCUUCUUUGAUGAUAUUUUCAAAGACUCGCACGCGUGCACCCAUACGCAUACUUGUAACCCACCGGGCCCUGAUUCGUCACACACUCACACGUGUUACCACGUGCACACGAAGAUCGUGCCCGCCAUGAGCGGCGAUGAUGACAAGACGCCGACGGAUGAUACGGCUGAGUCGGCGGAUAAAAAAGGGAAGAAACGCCCGUUAGGUAACCGUGAAGCAGUUAGAAAGUAUCGUGAGAAAAAGAAAGCGCGUGCGGCUUCGUUAGAGGACGAAGUUGUUAGAUUGAGAGCGUUGAAUCAGCAGUUAAUGAAGAGGAUUCAAAGUCAGGCUGGGUUGGAAGCUGAGGUGGCGAGAUUGAAGUGUUUGCUUGUGGAUAUUAGAGGGAGAAUUGAAGGAGAAAUUGGUAAUUUCCCUUACCAGAAGCCGCAUCCAGCUAAUCAAAACAUAGGUAACGGUAAUUUGACAGGUGGGUAUGUGAUGAAUCCGUGUAAUAUGCAGUGUGGGGAUCAAGUUUAUUGCCUUCAUCCCGAGGUAGAUGGGAAGAAUGUAGAAAAUGCGUCGAUACAUGAUCCGGUUAUCAAUGGCUGUGAGUUUGAAAGUCUGCAAUGUAUGGGGAACCAAAAUCCUUUGCUCAAGGAGUUUCCAGGUUGUACAACUGAUGAUGGCCUUCUUGUAGCUAAUCAAUCUGGUGGACGAACAAAACGAAAAGGUUCUCGUGCAGCGGUAACUAAAUGAAUUCUGAACCCGAUUGAAGCACAUAUCUUUCUUGGUGUACGAUAGUCGUCGAGCAAACGACUAUUUACCCGCGCUCCAGUUUCUUGGACGUUUCUUAUCGUAUCGGUUGACUUUUGAGAGUAAACAUCGUUUUUUGUUCUGUUUAGGUUGAAGAAAUGCUUCUUGAUGUUUUCUUUUUUAAUAAUGUUGUGUUGAAAUCUAAAUCUUCAGUUGAUGAGGAAGGUUUUUGUGAAGUUCAGAUGAUUAAAUUUCUUCCUGUCACUGGAUUAUUGACUGAAAAAUAUGAACAGGUUUUCUGGUUUUUGGACC